AUUACGGCUGAGGGCUUCCAUUCUAUCGCAAGGUAACCGAUUCAGAGAAGCGGAAUAUGUUUUCAGCUCCAUCUCCUUCCCUCUCCUGCUCACGCCAUUACCAUCAUCUCCUUCAAAUCUGCGCUGUUCCUUCCUCUCUCGCCCUAAUUCCUGGUCCUGUGCGUUGGCGAUCUUACCCAGCAGUCACAGCGCGCGCCAAAUUCGAGAAAUUUGACGCCGAUAAUGCUCAGCCGCCACCACCCGCCACUCCGGCGGAGGCCGAACUGCAGCAGGAGCUGGAGGAAGACAGUGACUUGCCAUCAGAUUUGGAAGGAGCGAUCAGGCAGUCGAGCCAAGCUAGUGCUGCAUUCGUUAAUUCGGGAGGAAUGAGAGGAAUGGUUGAGCUAUUAAUCCCUCAAUUGCAAUUGCUUGAUGCUGAGGGUGCUCAAGGUGAACUGUGGGAAUUAUCAAGAAUUUUUUUAGAGACACUAAUAAAAGAGACAGGGAGUCAGAAAGUGAGAGCCAUAUUUCCGGAUGCUGGUGCAGCUGCUCUUCUGAAAUAUCAGUGGGGAGAUGCAAAUUUUGAUUUUGCGAGCUUAAGUGACCGGAGGCCUGUAGAAGAAGAAGAUGAGGUUGUAGUUAUGCUAGUUCCGGAUUAUCAGAUGCUAGAAUAUGUGGAACGUAUAGCAUCUCAGUUAUCAGAUGAUCCACCAAGGCCUCUCAUCAUGUGGAAUCCACGGCUUGUUAGUGAAGAUGUUGGAAUUGGGUUCAAUGCUCGCAAAUUACGCAGAAAGUUUUUAAGCACAUUUACAGUCGUUUAUUCUAUGAGGCCUUUGCCUUCUGGAGCAGUCUUUAGAUGCUACCCAGGACUUUGGAAAGUAUUUUAUGAUGAUGUAAACAGACCAAACAGAUAUCUAUUAGCAAAAGAGCAACCAAGCCGUCCCGAUGCGACCGACAUUGAGCAAAUCUUUGGAGCAAUUUCUAACAAAGUAGAGGAUUCAUCUUCUUUAUUGGGGAAGGCCAGGGGCAUGUUCACUUCACUGAACAGAUUCAUGAAAGCCAUCUCUAGGUGAUUUGAAUUGAUGAAGUCCCAAUGUAAAACAUUUCAUCACUCCCUCCCUCUCUCUCUCUCUCUCUCUCUUAUCUUCUCAUCUUCAAACCAGUGAAAAAAGGAAAGAAAAAGAGUUCAGGACUUCAUUAAUUUCUAGACUACUGUUAAUUUACUUUAUUGUCUCCAAACUCAUGCAAGCACCUUAAAAAAUUGCAAAUAAUAAAAUUUAUUUUUU